GAAGACGAGUCGUCUGCUGUUUGCAAAGCGCUCAUGCGCUUGCAUUUUACGUACUGAGAUUAUGGAGAUCAAACUGAAACAACAAUUGAAUGCAGAGACCUUGUUCCUAAGCAUGCAUAUACAUUUGUACACUGCAAGCAUUCAGUGUAUGUGCAACUCCAUGCUGUAACUGUGACGUGUGGAUGAUGUACGUGCUUCAUUGAGAUAAUUGGACUGAACGGUGAAAGAAUUAGGACUGACAGGUUGGCAGCAAUCAAGAUGACAGGUGUUGUGCUUGUUCUUCUACUUGUCAAUGUGGCAGGAUUCACUGUCAAAGGUAAAGAUGACUUUGAGACUUACCAGGUCAGCCCUGCCUCCAGGCAUUUAAUGGAAGCUGAAGAUGAGUCAGGCACUGGUGGUAACAACAUGCCGGUUCCCCAGCUAGACUUCUGGGUGAGUGGUAAGACCACUCCUCAUAACAUUGAUGGAGGGAGUGUAUUGAUGUAUAAUUGGCUCCUCAAUCACCGAGUCCAACCAGAACACACUGCCAUCAAUGUUACCUUUGAGGUUGAUUUUCCCUUACUGACUUUUCAUGAAGACUCGGUGAACAUCACGCUUGCUAGCCACACAUUUGGAAUUAACGGGACAGAGAUACAUCCCAUUGAUGUCACCUGGCUGGAAAAUGAGGGCAAGGUUCAACUAACUGUGGAUAUUGCAGAGCCUUUGUGGAUCAACUUGACCAAGCCGUGGAGUCUGCCCGACUGUUGGUGGACACCUGGCAAGCAGUGCUAUCAAACCACAUAUGAAGAUUGUAUCUUCUAUGAUACGUCCGAGGAACAGAACUGGGAUCCCGCCUUCUGCCACCAAUUCAACAUCUCCCAGUGCCUCCCUCACAAUACCACGUCCGAGUGUUUUUUCCUCAACCCCUACGAGUGUCUGACCCGGCUCCUGGCUGCUUUGGCUGAGCCUGAGGACCCCCAGGAGCUGCUCUGUCCCCUGCAGCCUAACACCACCUGCAUCCAGAUCAAUGACAGGGGUCUGUUCUUUGGUCAGUAUGACUGGACGGUGCCAACAAAAGCGCCGAUUGUGGCCAGCUUCAACAAGGAGUUGUGCGGCAUGUCCAUGCAGGAGAUAUUUGUUUACGAGGAAGACCAUAACGGAACAGUUUACAUUGUUGAUGAGUUCAUCAGCCAUGACACAGAGCGUGACUGCCGUACCGUCUUUAUGAAACUCAAGCCGGGGCCUCCGACAGCCAAGCCCACAUACAACCCCUACAAGGACCUCCCCACCACUACGGAAUAUUUGGAUGCCAAGGACUGUAUCAACGUCAACACCACAGGGUUCUAUUACCCACCUCCUGAUCCCAUCCACUGGCAAGAUUUCAACUUGACUGUGUUCUUGACAGGUGAACUGAGCAAUUUUGUGGAGGUUAACCAACGAUUUGAGCCACUGGUGAUAGCCAACAUCAGCCAGUCUACAAGGCCACCUGCUGAUCAACUAACGUCUGUCACUGCCACUGAGGAUUACACAGUCAAGAAACCCAGUGUCAAGCUGCAUCCUUAUUCAUCAUUCUCUGAGGAGAAACAUGUCUUGAAACAUGAGCAGAUUUUCUACGAGCUCAUCUUAAGGCAUCCAGAGGCUCGAAAUCAUGGAAUUCAACUCACUGUGUCCUUCCCGGCCGCAGACAACCAAGUACGCAUGGCGUUCAUCAAUGAAACACCGUGGUGGGAGAUUGGGGCCAACUUGGUUGCUACCACACAUGGUGCAAUGUUCAACGAAACGUCCGAUGAAGCUGGUCACCAUGUUACUAUCGACACUGUUCAGAGAGUGAUUGCUGAUCAUACCAUUCCAAGCAUCACUGCUGCCUUCUCAGCCACCGAUCAGGCCUUGGGUAUCCUGGACCAGUUGACUUUCCUCAUAGACCCUUUCAUCAACCUCCAAGACCAGCAGAACAAUGCCAAGGACCUAAUCAAAUUUUGGUUCUAUUCCCGUGCUUUGACCGAUGUUCUUCCAGACCAAGAACUCAGUAUUGCAGCCAAAGCCUCUUACAAGUAUUCCCGCAGUGAUUUUUUCACCAGUGACACACCAAAGUUAAAAGUUACUGUCCAACCCUUCAUUCCAUUGAUCCCAGCUGCCAAUCCAUCCCAGUCCCCGGACACCGCUGAUCUUGUCCGCUACACCUUUGACUUGUCCCAUGUCCUGGACUUCUAUAUCCUAGACAUCUGGAUGAACGUCUCCUGUCCAGAUCUUCAGAUUGUCCCUGGCACUCUGGAUAUGGAGUUCCUGGAACCUGACAUGAACACCACUACCAAUAGUUCCACUGACCUGAGCUUCACCAGUGAGACAACCUACUACAUCCACUUAUCUGCCUUGGCCCCUGAGGUGAACUUUAAAGGAAAUCAGACAUUCCUGAUGUGGAACAACUCCAUGCUGACACAUCAAGAGAUAAUAUGUAAUGUGAUGCUGUCAUAUAGGAAAGGAUCUGCAGCAUUGAUCCUCCCCUACUUAGCUGGUCGUAGCCCUGCCCUCACCCUACCAGGCAUAGAGUAUGUCCUUUACCCUAAGGAUUUGGUUGGGCAGAAUGACACCAUGUACAAGAUGCCUGUGGGAUCCAAUGCUACUUACAUUCUCAACAUCACUUUUCCAGAGACUUCUACAAAGACUAAGACAUUUACAUCAAGCCUGACUGACUGGGACAUUCCAGCAAGAACUACUGUAAAUCUGGAUUUUGGCAUGGUGAGAAACCUUGCUGACAACAAGUUGGACAGUGGAGGAGACAACUUAGUGCUUGAAUUUAACGUGGUGUUGGAGAACACCACGAACCUCGUGUCACGGGAUACAGAGCACGUCCUCUCAACAUCUGUCUCUUACUCCAAUGGCAAGGACUUGAUACAGCAAGAGACAAUGCGUGUGUUGGAGCCUGAGGUGAUUCUGAUAUUGAACAUGACCAACGACACAAACGCUGGUGACCCAGGUGACGUCUUCCAGUAUGGCAUCCACCUGUCCCACACUCAGGCCUCUCAGAGUCCUGCUCAUCACGUGGUUAUUGAGCUCUACUUGCCCUACAUGGCCGUCUACCAGGAUUUCAUCCCUAGUAAUGGCUCCCAUGUCCCCACCACGAGGAUCUUUGAGGGGCUGGGGCAGUAUGAAGCUGAUGGGAAGCUGUGGUUGUACCUCUACAAGCUCCCUCUAGAAGAAUUCAUCGAGGGAACCUUUUUGAUUCAGAUUUCUACCAAAUUGACGGAAGGAACUGCUCUCUUGGCAACUUCCAGAUACCACAUGUACAGUUUCUACCAAUGGGGUCGUGUGUAUCACUUUGCUGGUGUCAGUAAGAAUGUCAUCAAUAUUCGUAAUGCCACCCUAAUCUUUGAUGGCACCUCUCAUCUCCAGACUCCAGACAACCUGGUCACCAUUCAUGAGCAGGUCACCUACACCAUGCGUGUUCCUGUCCCUCCUAUCCCCAGCAAUCUCUCUGUUGCUCUGCAGCUGCCGCGGUACCCUGUCACUCUCAAGACCUGGGAGGUCAUGAAACUCAAGGGGGAAGUACCUCAUCCGCUGCCUAUUGAAGGCACCUUCCUCAGGCAGGGUUGUUUUCCCAAUGACACUGCCACAGAUGCCUGUUUCUGUGCUGAGUUCCCCUCCGGGAAUGGUACAUUCCACAUAGUGUAUCCUGAUUGGCUGAGCAACUGUGCAGAAAUACCUAAAGAGAAUUGCACGGGGUUGGAUGUGGAGAGGGUAAUCCUUGUAGGGGAUGCUAGGAAUCAGUCCAUAAGAAAUGCCUCUUGCAAUGGGACCACUUUCAACUGCACUCAGUGCAAUUACAACAAUACUGGAAAUUGCUCCCAUGCCAAUGAAACUGUUGACUAUAAUUUGGUCAGUACAUCCACUAUUUGUGUCUAUCAUGACUGGCUUUACAACUCCUGCAUUCAAUCAGUUCUGAAAGAGUGUCAGAUGAACUCCUCCAUCGUAGAUCUCUGGAGCCACAUGUUCCUAAGAUCACCUCCCAAUCAAGGAAAUCGUGUUAACGAGUCUCUGUCCAAUCAAACGCAAGCAGGUAACUGGAAUGAGACAUGGACCACACCCACUCAGCAGUCACAGACCAAUCAGAUUGAUUCAAACCAGACCUCAGCCAAUCACACAACAGCAAGCCCUCCAUAUGCCAAUCAGAGCCAAGCAUCCAAUCAGACAUCAGCUUCUGAUGAUUACUCAUCAGGACUCUCAUGCACUGACUUAGCAGAAGCCUUCUGUGCAGUAGCCACCUUUUAUCGUUGCAUCCUACCAGAGUCUGUGUACAAUGAAACUGGUAGAGACAGCAGGAAUGUCACCUGUGCCUGUGGUUAUUACAAGCUUCCACCUUUUAUACCUACGCCUCAACCCACAAAUGAUGGUCACUCCGUGAAUGAUACCAAUGUCACCACAACCCCUGACCCUUACCUUGCCUGUGGGAGCCUGAAUGCCUCUGUCCAGGUCACAACUCCAUUACCAGACGCCAAUGACACCACAAGAGCACCCUCUUUGCCCAGUGUCUGCGACGAGGAAGAAGAGGUGUAUUAUGGGAUGGCGUCUGUCGUUCACACUGACAUCUGGUCAUCCAGGGAAGGGGCGGUCUGUACUUUUGUUGGCGGGAAUCAUCACAAUCCUUUCAAUCCAGGCGUGUACUACAUAUCAGAAUACCUCCCAGCUAACCUGAGUGAGGGUGGUAGCACUGUCCUGGUUACUGUCACCAUGGUGGUCCUUGACCUCCCAGAGCUGAACCGUGGUGAUGUCCUCCGCUUGAAUGCAACCUCCACCUUCUCCUACGUGAGCUACCCCAUCGCCCCUAGCGACAUCUUCCGGGAGAACUGCACCUGUCGCAAGCCCCUGGAGGAGCACUUCGACCCCUCCGCACCAAGGGAGUGCUUCUGUGAGACCUGGCACCUUGCCAACAUGACCGACGAACAGUGCAAUUGCACCAGUUAUUAUGUGGAUGAGGGAGACAGCUAUGAUGGCUCCCUGUCCUGCAAUUGCAUCAACUUUUGCUGGGGGAUUCUGCAUUACUUCUUGAACCCACCGCACGUGGCUGCUCUACAGCAAUUCAACACUGACAACUGCGACUGCACCGAUUUGAACAGUACCCUGUCAUCACAUGGCCCAGAAUCGUCACUUCAUCGCCACGUCAAAAAGUGCAUGGAACCUUACAAGCGAAACUACUCCUGUCAUGAUCUUACGUACACUGUCACCCACCAUGAGGUCUCUCUCAAAGUCAGCUGUGCAUGCGAGAAUGCAUCCGUAGAGAGCAUCAAUAAGACUCUGUGCUCGUGCAAUUCUUCAGAGAUUUUAGCCAAGCUGCAGGAACUAUUUGACAGCAGUGUGACUGUCAAGCAAUGUAUGAAUAGCACUACUGGAUUUGAUGAGGAGUCUUUCCGUCUCACAUUCAAUCCCACUGAUUGCUCCUGUCAGCCCAUGGAGGCAACAAGUACUGACCCACCUCAUUCCACACUAAACAGUUCUCCCCAGGUGAACUCCACAACAGGGGCCUACAACACUACUAAGUCUCAAUCAAACUGCAGCUGUAAGAUGAUGUGUGGUGUCCAUGUGGAGCAGGACUGCAUUGGCGUGCUAGCCGGCAGAUGCACCAACAUCACACACACCCACUCGUUACCCCUACCCAAUAGCACCUGUCAAUGUCAGAAGCUGUACAAGCAUCCAUAUAACAUAUCCCAGGUGCUAGAGUGGUAUCAGCUACAGAAUGACAGCACUUCUUUUGAGAUGGUUCCCGCCUCGAACAAUUCCACCGUCUUUGAAAAUGCCACUGCUGGAAAUGGAAAUAAUUCACUGUUUCUAGGCAACACAACUUGGUUGAAUAACAUCACGUCAAAUGGCACCUUUGAUACAGGAGUGAAUUUCACUGAUCUACUUAGUAGCACCUACACGUAUGAGUUGGAGUGCGACUGUCCUGAUAUCGAUAAAGUUGUUUAUCAUGUUGAACCCGCAAAAUGUGUUGAGAUACCAGCAUUUGAGAUUUAUGACUGUGACUGCUUUGUUCCACCCGACAAUGAGACUCAGUUCAUACUAGACAACUGGGAUUAUAAUGCUACCAUUAUUGAUCAGAUGAUCACCAGGAAGUCACAUGAUGUGAUCAUAGUAGAGCCAGAGCUUCAGAUCAGCUUCACCCGCCGGCCGGAACCCAGCAUCGUCGACAGCAUUGACCCGGUCAUCUUUGACUUUGAGAUCACCCACACUACUGACUCAAAUGCCCCAGCCUUCAAUGUUACUUUGCAGCUAGAUGCCGUCAACUUCACCCGCACUACUGGCUUUGCAGACUUACAGUUUCCCUCUGAGGAGGCCUCCUGUGUGGGGGGAGCCACCCUCUGUGACGUGUCCUAUGACAAUGCCAUUGGCCGUUUCCACCUGCCACUCUUACCCAUCGACCCACCGGGGGCUGUCUUCAAAGGGACCUUUAAUUUAUCCGUUGGCAAUCACAUUGACUUUGUGGCCAACUCUCUGAUCACAGCAACAGGUAUUGCUUGGUAUGACAGCAGCCUGGUAGACUUCCCUGGUCGCCUCUAUCCAUCUAUCAUAGCCUCUGACACUGUCAAAAUCGAUGCACCAAUCAUCUCAGCCAAACUGGACUUCACCACGGCCAACUCCUUCAUGUUCCUCACCAGCCUGUUCGGGGAGCCACCUCAGACCUUUUCCAUUGGGGACUACGUUCGCAUGGAAGCCAAGCUGUGGAUCCCAGAGAUCACUUUGCAGUUUGUUAACUUCUCAAUGGAGGCUGCCAUGCAGAAUUUCACUGCCAGCUCAGGCCGCAUCCUUCUGUCUGAUAGGGUCUACCACCGAAAUGAUACUCCUUCCAUCUACCUUGAGAUGGAGGGUGAUCCAGACUCAUCAGAAGGCUACUUGUAUCCUGGAAAGCAGUACAAUACAGCUAGAUUUCUUGAUACAGGAAUUUCUGUUGUGCCAGGUGUUGUCGUAAAUGAAGCAGAUAAUGUCGCCAAUAAUGAAGACUUCAUCCUACUUUACUUUACCUUCCGGGUCAAGGACCAGCCAUACUGGGUCGAGGGCAGGGAGAUACCCUUCAGGAUAUCAGCAACCUACGUCAGUGACUACACUCGCACCCCUGUCCUCUUGGUAGAUGAUAGCAUCGUGCUGACAAUGGUUGAACCUCAGCUGAGCCUAAGGGUGGAGCUUCUUGACCAUCCAUGGCAGUUAGAACAGGUCAAACACCAUGCAGGUUACACUUGUACUGAAAACACCUGCUGUGCCUCGGGUAGUGGAUGUAGUCAAGGUGCAGCUUGUAUAACGGCCACUGAUGACAUGCAGGACUGUGCAACAGCAGAAUGCCAUUGCUAUUCUGGAUUUACACUCAAUGAUGAAGGGGGGUGCACGGCAGUUGGUAGAACAGCAGGUGACAUCAUAAACUACGGACUGACAGCUACACAUCAUGUGGACUUUACAGGCAAUGCCUUUGAUGUCUUCAUCGUUGUCUCCUCUGAGCUUUCUUCUGAUCUCAUCCCUGAUGCUCAUUUCAUCAGUCACCCAUCUACCACCAUCCCCAUCUACACUGACAAUGUCCCCUCUCUCCGACAGCUCAAUGAUCGUGAGUUUGAGCUGUACAUCAAACGAUUCAAUCAUUCCCAGAUGUGUGAGCGCUUUACAGUGCCCCACCGUAUACGGCCUGACGUGGACGUGUUUCCUGGAAAAACUUGGACCAACAGGGUUUCCAUGUGGUACUACUCGGCUAAACCCUACGGCACGCCCAUUGAGUUAAACACAGAGUCUCGUUUCUACCGUCUAAAGGAGAACAUCACCUUCAACCUGACCACCCCUGCCCCAAGUGCUCGCUUUUACAUGCUGCCCUUCUCCCCAAGGGGCUCCAGUGCCAUUGAUUUCAAGGUGUAUUCCUCAUCGGAGUGGGCUCAUCAGGUGACGGUGAACCUUCGGAAGGAGGGGCGGGUCAGGUUCUGUCUAGAGGUGGUCGUGCCCAAGAUCAAGUGUAACCUGACGGUCCUGCUAGCCCUCCCGGAAGGCGAUGGAUUCACAUUUGAAACAGUCCACAUCACCAAGAUGGGCAGUAGAAUCAUCUUCCCUGCUGAGAAGCUGUCUAAUGAAUCUCUAACCUCUGAUCUCCAUGGUAACAAGUUCUUCUACGCUGAGCUGCCUGAUGUCUAUAGUCAGCCCUACGUAAUACACAAACAAAGGGAGUUUAACUCCACCAUCCAGCAGCAAUUCAAGACAAUGAAGGGUGAGCAGGGUGCCUAUCCUGCAAGCCCUGGCUGUGUCGCUAUCAACACCACACUCUUGGAGAAGACGGUGCUGCUUGGGUGUUUCCACGAUGCGGAUCAUUACUUUGAUGUUACCAUGGUGACCAGGGAUCAACCUGAAAGUGUGAACUUCACCGAAGCAAUGACGAGGCGACUGUGCCAGAAGCUAUGCAGGGAUGCAGAUUUUCUCAUUUCAGCCACAAGGAAUGGCACAGAUUGUUACUGUGGUAACCACACGGCUUACCGUCAGUAUGCAGACAUCGCUCAUUCGCUCUACACACCAGUGAACCGUACCCUCCUGGAACCUUACAUUGAAACCAUCUACUUUGAGUGUAAUAAGACUAAGAAGGAAUGGGAUAACUACACAGUGACUUCCACCUGCUUGGAUCAAGAAGUGUAUGAAACUUGUGUGCAGGACCUGAACAGAAGCUGUGAAAAUGGAACGAUGAGGGACUGUUUGGACAGUUUGGUUGUGGAUUGCCAAAACAGAGCGCAGCUUGCAUGCAACGGGUCAGCGAACACGGAAUGCCACGCUCCUCUGGUUGAAAAUUGUACCAAUCAGGGGAUGCUUUUGUGUGGUGAACUCACUACAAGGCACUGCAGACAUCUGGAUGAAGAACCUUGCUUGGAGCAGGCACGUGAAAGCUACUACCUGGCCACAGACUUCAGGUCAACAAAUGACGGCCAGGCAUGCUGUGUGGAUGCUUACGUCAGCAUAUGCACUAUACCGUACAGUGAAUCCUGCUGGGAGUUAGUUUCAUAUGAAUGCACCAAAUAUCAUUACCUCGAGCAGCACUACAACUUGUCCUACAGUGCUUGUUUGGAAGCUGACUACCAGAAAUGCAUGGAAGGGCCCAGACUAGCAUGUGCUUCUAAUGGCAGUCACGUGUGCCUGAAUAUUACAGGACCCUUCUGGAACGAAUCUGCAAGACACUGUGACUAUCCAAUUAUUACCCUGUACAAUGUGACGACAGCAAAUUGUACCAUGGAGCAGCUAGCCAACUGUACCUUCUGUUUGAACGAGGGGCUGGUAGGGUGCCAGGCGUCUGCUGAGGGGGGUUCACUUGAAGGGUGCAUUGGAAUUGCAGUUGAUGACUGCUUUGAUGGGUGCUUCAACAAGAAUUGUCAUUAUGAGCUUCAUGAGGUCCUCACCAAGAGCCGAUAUAGCAAUUGCAGCCAGUUAGAAGCAGAAAGCUUUGAUGUGAUUUAUCUUGCCAAUUGCAGCCAGGACAUCACCAAAUGGCAGAAUGUCACCAGAGAAAUUGUUGACAUGGAGCCAGUCACGUUGGACUUCUGUAAUGUUACAUGUUCAGGUGACCCCAAUUUCACCUGCGGAGGUGAAGACUUUAUCUUGAUAUAUGGACCAUUGGAAGGAUCCCUGGCUCAACAACAAUGUGACUGGUAUGCUGGACUCUACAGCGAUGACGAGGAUGUGUUUAGUCUGGAAUUUGAGCUGUCCAUCACUCCAUUACUGACAAAGGGUAUCACCGAGAUUCUUCAACCUUUUGUUAGCUAUGACCAUGGAGUGGAUCAAAAGCCAACCAUUAUUCCUUUUGCUCCAUACCGACUUGAAGCUGGCACUAUCUGGUUGGAUAUGAAUGUAUGGAUAGCUCCUGGUACUGAAGGAUAUGUUCCAGGUGAUCUGCUGGAAUUCUACACUGAGGUGUUCCACCAUCCUCUGUCCACUUUGACAGCACGAGACAUCUCUGUUCUCUGGAUGUUCCCAACCUAUGUUGAAUAUGUCAAUCUGACCAAUCACAAGACAUCACUAUCUGACUACAAUGCAAUCCAACCUGUUGAAGCACUCAGGACUGACCCUACCAAGGGAUUCCAGUUUUAUGUACCCACACUGAGGAACACAGACAUGAUCUCCUUCCACUUCCUGGUCAGGCUAGACCCUCUGAGGGCGCUACCUCAGGGAGAGUACCACAUGGUCACGCUGGCCGAGACAUAUUACUUCUCCUGGGAUCUGUACAACCCCCACGAGGAUGACUUCAAACACAACGUGCUGACACACUCCCAUGAUGUCAUCCCGAUUAAGAUCAGCUUUGAAGUUCCAACAACAUACACAGGAAGACCGGAGCUGGAAGAUCUCAAAUUGUCAAGCUACAAUGCUCUGUACGAUGAGGUACACGACAUCAUGUAUGCCUGCUUCUAUAACAAUACCAAGCAUGUCUACGAAGGUGGGUGCUUCAUGACAGGCAACCUCCCACCCUACAAAGUGGAGGUUCCACCCACAUGUGAGGACUACUGCAACUGCACCUAUUUUUGGGAUCUUCCUUCAGGAGCCAACUGCUCGGAGUUUCAGCCCAAACCUGAGAACUGCUCUUGUGGUUGUCUUCCAGAUUGCUUUGAGGAAGAAUCUGCUUGUCGGGACUCCUGUCAAAAUUGUACCUGGUGCUCCUAUGAGGAGCUGCAGGUAUGCCUGACAGAAUGCAGUAAUGAACACACCAACUGCAGUCAGGAAUGCUGCCUGGAUGCCUGCGACUUCCAGCUAGAUGCCUGCCUUGUCCUGUGCAGCAACUGCUCUGUUGAAGGGGACGCCCACCACAACUGCUCAGUUGACUCUAACUGUAGGCUUGAUUGCUCCCUUGGCCAUGCGCUUUGCACGGUCGAUUGCCUCAAGCCACCUCUUACAUGCCAUGAUAACUGUACCGCUGGGAGGUCAGAGUGUUGGGGAAUCUGUGAGGAGGUUUGCCAGGGGCAGCUGGAGGUAUUCUACCCAGGGAUGGAGCUGAACUGCUCACUGAUCUGUGACUGGGACUGCGCUCGCGAGGAGCAUUUCUGCACCAAGAGCUGCUGUCUGGAUGAGUGCCAAUUCAAUCAUACUAUAUGUGGUGAUAAUUGCAUGUACACUUGCAAAGACGACAAGGAUUGUGUAGCUGAGUGUCUAGGUAUGUGCAGCAUCAAUAUAGGGAUUUGCAACAUCACCUGUGAUCCACCGAGUAUUUCCUGCACUCAGCCUUGUGAGUCUGAGCUCUUGAUGUGUAUGGAUAGCUGUAAUCAUACUUGUGUGGCUGAGACCUGUGAAGUUAUCACAAGUGCCAGCAAUUGUUCAGCUGCUGCUCAGACUUCCGGGAACGUAACAUCAAGUGAUUCACCCAGCAGUUGCUCCAUUGGUAACUGUACACAUCACAAUGAGACAUCAAGCUCCAUGUUGAACUGUAAAAAUAAUACAAUUGAGCACUGCUUCACAUCCAUUGACCAGAGCUGCUUUGGGACUUGUACAGAAAUCUGCGGGUCAAAUUAUGACAGCUGUGACCAGAAGUGCUGUCUUCUGGCCUGCCCCACACAGCGAGUAGUCUGCAUUGACAAUUGUUCAGAUGCAUGUGGAAUGGAUGAACAGUGCCUCCAAGGAUGCAGCUAUGACUGUGUUGAUGCAUUUGACAGGUGCAUGUUAGGAUGCAUCAUGCCUAGGCCUGACUGCCGGCUUGGCUGUGAGGCUCAGUAUCUAGCCUGUGAUGAUGCAUGUCAGCCGUGUGGUGGAUACAUCUUUGAUGCUGUAACUCCCACCCAGUCUUCUGAUGAUCACCCUAGUAGUGAGGCAGGUGUCAUUGGAAACCACACUGACUCCGCAAUGCAAACCCUGGUUCCUAUUAAUGGGACGAGUUGUUUAAAUGAGUCUGGCACCUGCAACCACACUGCGGACAACUCCUCUUGCAUUGGUAGAUCUCUGAAUUGUACAGGAAGCACAACCACAAGUUUUCCUUUAAGUAGUGCUAUGCCUCUAGUAAACUGCACAGUUGAAAUUGCCAGUUGCCAUUCAGACUGCAGUGAGAUGCUCACAGAUUGUGUUGAUCAGUGCCCAUGUGAUGAGUCUUGCUUCCGUCAGUACUCAACCUGCUGGACCACAUGUCAAGGCUGUGAACCAGCCUGCAUGGACCUUUGCCAUUCAAAUUGCUCUGCCGAAUCUGGCAGGUGCAUUAAGAACUGCACCCAGCCCACAAUUGACCCCAUCAGAUGUUGUGCUGAAGAGUGUAAUGUUAAAUUUGAUAAGUGUGUGCCUGGCUGCUUGUAUAACCUCACGGUUAACAUCACAAGAUUCCAAAAUAUGAGUGAGGGAGGACCAGCUAAUAUUUCUAUGUAUAAGAUAGUUACCUUCCUGAAUGAUACUUGCCUUGAUGGAUGCACUGCAGCAAACAAGGAUUGUCUGAAACCUUGUGUGGAACUGCUAUCUGAGAGGAAUUGUACAGAGCAUUGCUUUCCAGGAGGUUCUUUCAGUGAUUUCUGCUCAUCACAGUGUCAUAACUUUGCCUAUGUUUACAGUAAUGCUACACUGAACAGGACCUUUGAGAGUUGUUACCAGGAGUGUCUGGCUGGAUGUACUAACUGGACCAGGAAUUCAAGUAACAUCAAUGAUACUUCAAGCACUCCUACAGAAGGCCCAUCAACUAACUUGUCAAGCUCUUCUAAUCCAGAGGCCACAACAAGUAGCUCUUCUACCUAUCAAACACACUCAGGUAAUGGAACUUCCCCCUCAGGUACUGCAUCACCCACAGCUUCCUCCACUGCAAGAACACAUUGCAUCAAAGACUGCAGACCUGUUUUCCCAGAUUUCUUCAACAACUGCUUUCAGGAUUGUGGGACUGAGUUCGGCAAGUGUACAAGGCAGUGUGUGACUCAAACAUCUUCAGAGACUCUCAAUCAGUCUCUAGGGUGUACCGAGGUCUGCGGGCGGGACUACAAGGCCUGCAGCCUGGACUGUACCAGCAAUCUGGUGUUACAGAAUUGCAGCUUACCUUGCCAGGAUGCCAACAUCACAUGCCUUGAAGGCUGCCGCACCUGCUUAGAGUGCCGAGAUGAUUGCCACUGGGAUUGCAACAGACAGAAGUCUUCAUGUCUUGGUGUAUGUUUUCCACCAACCUGCCAGGACCUGCAUUUGACCUGCCUCCUCAACUGCUCACUCUGUGACUGCACUGGGGAAUGCAGGGCCAACUGCUCCUCAAGCACUCAAGACUGCCAGACGAACUGCUUGCCUGAAGAAGCCAAAUCAUGCCAAACAGAUUUUGCAGUUUGUCUUGAGGAAUACUCAGGCAGCCCUCAAGUUGCAAGCAAUUGUAGUACUGGAUGUUGUCUCAAUUGCAGUCUUUCUUAUGCGCAUUGUAUUGAAUCCAGUUUUGACACUGGAAUCAUAUUGCAGAAUUGUUCACUUGAUGAUUGCUCUUUCUCUCAUUACAGUGCCUUUUUAACUAAUUCUUCGUCAGAAUUUUACAUGUGUAAUAGCACAAGUGAAGAUGCUAACAACCAUACUGCUGUUUUGUGCAGCAAUUCAACGAGUCAGACCUCAUCAUGCAAUGGCCUCUGCAUGGCCUACCAAGCCUUCAGCCAUUGCAAAUCCUUGUGCAAUGCAUCAAUGCACAGUUGUCUAAACACUUGUCAAGUAUGUCAAGAUGAAAAGUCAUGCUGUGCAGCCUGUGCCAAGGAGUGCAUCAGUGGCCAUUAUGCUUGCUAUGCAGACUGCCACUCAACAGCAUUCCCCACCAACUGCAGCAGAAACUGCAGCAGCAUUAACACAUCAUGUUAUUACGACUGCAUCAACUGCACAACCUGCCCUGAGUGUGCACUAAAUUGUGAGGCAGACUACAUUAAUUGUACCACCCUCUCACGAGCAAAUCCUCUACCAACCUUGGCAAACACCACUGCUAGGAAUGGCAGCGGGGUCCAUCCAAACUGCACUGCCCACUACAAUUGCCACAGUCUCUGUAUAAACAAAAACUUUUCUGAAGUCUGCAAGAGUAGCUGGAACUGCAGUGAUUCAAACUGCAUACAGCAGUGCCUACAGGAGUUUAUAUCACCAGCAUGCACUUCUAUAGACAACUGCACAGAGUACAGCAACUUUUGUGGGAGCCAUCGGAGAAAGAGACGUAGUGUACUUGGGAUUAGUCUUAUGAAAUCCGAUUUCUCGUCAGAGCCCUUAAAGAUGCCCAACUUUGAUGACUUUAUUGUCCACGAGGAGAUGAAGAAGAGAUUCUUGAAGAAGCACUUGGGUCAAAGUCAGACGGCAAAGAGAGUCAAAGAAUAUUAUUCAUCAAAAGGAAAUCAGAGGUCUGCUAAAGCUGGUUUUAAAGCUGGUUUGAGGGAAACUCCAUUCAGUGCAGAAAGACAGAUGGCUGAUGCAUCUAGUAUCCUGCCUCCAUUCCUGGAAAUGUUAAGCAAUCCUGUGCUGGCAGCAAAUACUGAAAUGUCCCACAUGGUAGCUCCGCCUUAUCCAUUCUGGUUAUUUUCAGGUGGGAACCAGGCCAUUCACUACAGCGUGAAAAGUGCAAGACCUGGAGACAGCACUUACGACCAAGCCCUCCUUCUUAUGAAGUGGAGGCUUGCCUCUAAGCCCCACCACAGUGUGAACAGGAGAAGUGUGGACAGUCCUGCAGAAAAUGAAAUAUUCUUUGAUCCUAAUGCUACAAAUAGUCAGUUCAAUAAUAGAAUGUUGCAUGUGGGCGUACUGAACUAUAGAUAUCCUGUCUGUUCAAGUAAUGUGCUAUACCUUCAUUACCAGAGCUGCCUCCAUAAUUGCAGUCUCCUUAAAGACGUAUGCAGAGUUCAGUGUGCAAAUUUCAGUGCUUUUUGUAAUGGCUUUGAUGGUUCGACAUCAAACUGCACCUCAGUUGAUUCAAGUAGUCUAGACUGUGCAUGCUUUAAUGAAACGCUUCAUAAUGUGGGGUAUUGCGUAGAAUGUUGCUCUGAGUUUUGUCAAGGUAUGUGUGAGGAGCUCAGGCCAGUAGCGCACAAAAAAUGCUAUGAAGACUGCAAUGAAACUAUGAUGUCCUGCAGCCAAAGGAACAACACCUGUGAUUUCUCAAGCAAUUCCUCUGAGUCUGGUGGCAAUCCAGGAGAUGGUAAUGCCUCAGUGUCCAAUAUGACCUGCCCAGCCUCAACAAACCGAAGCUGUGAUUCAAGCUGUUUUGAUCCGUGUACGCUCUCUCAACAUGCUAACCUAACAGCAUGUCAGCACCAUUGCAAUCAGUUGUCAACGUUCACCGACUGCCUGCAAGUCUGCAACAACUCAACCUGUGCUGAGAACACCACCUGCAACUGCACGUGCCAUUGCUCCUCCUUCCCAGAGAUUCUGACCAAUCACAAUUGCUCUUUCUUGGAGUGGGCCAAUGGAGUCCAGCCUUGCAUUGUGAAGAAAGUAACUGAGGUCUGUUCCUGUGCCUGUGGAUGUACAGAGAUACCCAGGAGCUAUGCAACUACUAAAUGGAGAGCCUUGCAUUCUAAUGUGGGCAACCUCCUAGGCCUGGAUCCUUCCAGCAACAGUCUCUAUGCCCUGUCUUACCAUGGAUUGGCCAUCCUACGUAGCCAUGACUACGGGGAAUCAUGGGUGGCCAUGGCAACCGAUGCCUGGCACGCUGCACGCGACAUGGGCACAUUUGUCGCUUCCACAAAUCUUGUUGGGGAUGUCUUGAUAGAGAUGGAACCCAAGGAGCUGACUUUUGCUUCAGGAUAUUGGAAUACAACUUGGGGAGUUUCUGGAGUUGGUGUUCAUCGAUUUGAUAACAGCACAGCAGAAUGGAAAGUGCUUGGAACUUGGCAAUGCUGCAAGGACCCAUCACUGAAAUGAUGUGAAGAUCUGUAACUCUUUCCAGCCAUUGUCAGGUGUUUGUCUCCAAUUUUCAUCAACGCAUGUACAUGACUGCCAGGCUUCAUCACUUACAAGUUGCACACAAGAUCACAAAGGCCCUAUAUUUUGUGGUGUCAAAACACAGUGUGGAAUGACACAGUGUACAUGUACAGACAAGUUCCACAAAGUAUUAGUGUUCAUUGGUGUUGCUUUUUAGCAUUUGGCAUAGCCAUGUCCAACUUACUGUACUUGGCUAGUUAACAUGUCUGCCUAUAGGAGCUGCUAGCUAAUGGCUUCAAUUAUUUCUCAUAGACUUAUGUGAUAUAGCUAAGCCACAGCCUAGUCAUUUGGACAUGUCCUAUGCUCAGUUUGCUGGUUGUUGCCUAGUGUUUGAUACAGUGAUGUUUAUUAUAACAAAGUCU